AGGCGGGGUCGUCGUUGCUGCCGCGCUGGCAUUUUCUCCUGGACUAGGAGAGAGUGCAGUGCUGAGCCAAACAACGCAAUCCUGAUCCUGAGUCGUGAAGAAGGCAAGCACCGAGGGGGUUAGGGUUGGGGCUGCGGAAGGCAAGGCUCCGCUCUUGCUGGAGACGGGAGCCAUGGCUCAGAAAAUGGACUGUGGUGCGGGCCUUCUCGGCUUCCAGGCUGAGGCCUCUGUAGAAGACAGCACCUUGCUUAUGCAGACCUUGAUGGAGGCCAUCCACAUCUCAGAGGCUCCACCUACUAACCCUGCCACAGCAGUUGCCAGCAGCCAGACUGCUAGUCCCCAGAGUUUACAGCCUUUAACUGCCAAUGCAGUGGUUGACACUGAGGUCUCAGUAGCAUCCACUAGGCCUAAGACAGCUUUUAGAGCCCAGAAUGCUACCACAAAAGGCCCAAAUGGUGUCUAUGAUUUCUCUCAGACACAUAAUGCCAAGGAGAUGCCCAAUACCCAGCCUAAGGCAGCUGUUAAGUACCACAAUACCACUCUGAGGGGUCCAAAUACUGCCUGUGAUUUUUCCCAAGCUGGAAGUACUGGUGAAUUAGCCACUACCAAGUCUGAGUUGGCCUUUAAGGCUCAGAAAGCCACUACUAAGGUGGGCCCAAAUGACAACUACAAUUUGUCUCCAUCUCCUAAGGCCAAUGAGAUAGCUAACAACCGGCCUAAGACAACCUUCAAGGUGUGGAAUGAUACCACUAAGGCUCCUACAGCUGAUAGCCAGAGCCAGAACUUAAUUGAUGCCAAAAUGGCCAAUUCCCAGGGUGACAUAGAGACCAACUUAGGUAUAUAUGAACCUGAUGGUGCAGCUGCACAGACAUCAGAUGGUUCCCAGGCUCAGAAUCUGGAGUCUCGGACUAUAAUUCGAGGCAAGAGAACCCGCAAGAUUAAUAACUUAAAUGUGGAAGAGAACAGUGGGGAUCAGAGACAGCCUCCACUGGCUGCAGGAACAUGGAGAUCUCCACCUGUUCCAGUGACCACUCAGAAUGCACCUGGUGUACCCCCUCAUGUGCUCUGGCAGACCCCACUGGCUUGGCAGAAUCCAUCUGGCUGGCAAAACCAGACAGCCAGGCAGAACCCAGCAGCACGUCAGAGCCCUGUGGCUAGGCAGACCCCACCAGCCUGGCAGAAUCCAGUUGCUUGGCAAAAUCCAGUAAUCUGGCCAAGCCCAGUGAUAUGGCAGAAUCCAGUGAUCUGGCCAAAUCCCAUUGUCUGGCCUGGCCCAGUUGUCUGGCCAAACCCCGUAGCCUGGCAGAAUCCUCCUGGAUGGCAGGCCCCAUCAGGAUGGCAGACCCCAGCAAGCUGGCAAGGCCCUCCAGACUGGCAAGGCCCUCCUGAUUGGCCACUACCGCCUGAUUGGCCACUGCCACCUGAUUGGUCACUUCCCACUGACUGGCCAAUUCCACCUGACUGGAUCACUCCUGAUUGGCCAAUUCCACCUGACUGGCAGAACCUGCGACCCUCACCUAAUCUUCGACCUUCCCCCAACUCUCGUGCCUCUCAGAAUCUAGGUGCCCCACAGCCCCGAGAUGUGGCCCUUCUUCAGGAAAGAGCAAAUAAGUUGGUCAAGUACCUGAUGCUUAAAGACUACACAAAGGUACCCAUCAAGCGUUCAGAAAUGCUGAGGGACAUUAUCCGAGAAUACACUGAUGUUUAUCCAGAAAUCAUUGAACGUGCUUGCUUUGUCUUGGAGAAGAAAUUUGGGAUUCAACUAAAGGAAAUUGACAAGGAAGAACACCUGUAUAUUCUCAUCAGUACCCCUGAAUCUCUUGCUGGCAUACUGGGAACGACCAAAGACACACCCAAGCUGGGUCUCCUCUUAGUGAUACUGGGCAUCAUCUUUAUGAAUGGCAAUCGUGCCAGUGAGGCUGUCCUCUGGGAGGCACUACGCAAAAUGGGACUGCGUCCAGGGGUGAGGCAUCCCCUUCUUGGAGACCUAAGAAAACUUCUUACCUAUGAGUUUGUAAAGCAGAAAUAUCUGGACUAUAGACGAGUGCCCAAUAGCAACCCUCCGGAGUAUGAGUUCCUCUGGGGCCUUCGUUCCUACCAUGAGACUAGCAAGAUGAAAGUGUUGCGAUUCAUUGCAGAGGUUCAGAAGAGAGAUCCUCGUGACUGGACUGCACAGUUCAUGGAGGCUGCAGAUGAGGCUUUGGAUGCUCUCGAUGCUGCAGCAGCUGAGGCUGAGGCCCGGGCUGAAGCAAGAACCCGAAUGGGGAUUGGAGAUGAGGCUGUGUCUGGUCCCUGGAGCUGGGAUGACAUUGAGUUUGAGCUGCUGACCUGGGACGAGGAAGGAGAUUUUGGAGAUCCCUGGUCCAGAAUCCCAUUUACCUUCUGGGCUAGAUACCACCAGAAUGCCCGCUCCAGGUUUCCUCAGACCUUUACUGGUCCUAUUAUUGGUCCUGGUGGUACAGCCAGUGCCAACUUUGCUGCCAGCUUUGGUGCCAUUGGUUUUUUCUGGGUCGAGUAAGAUGUUGGGUUCAUGGAUACUCAUCAUCAAUUGGAAUAGUUUUUCCCUCGAGUGAGGCUGAAGCCUCAGAUUCCUUCUAAACCCAUCUAUCUAGAGAGCCACAUCCUGUUGAUGGAAAGUGGCAUGCAAGAUAACUUUAUUUGCUGUUCCUGUCUAUUGCUUUGUUUUUUUUUUCUUGUGUGCUGUCAAGUUUUGGUAUCAGAAAUAAACAUUGAAAUUGCAAAGUGAA